AUGCCCGAGAAAGUCGUCAAGUUAUCGUCUUCGCACCAUGAGUGGGAGGAACCAGCAUUCCUCCAGUCUGAUCAGAAGUUGAGCUUCCGGGAGGUUCUCCAGCAGCAUGGAAGGGCUCUUCUGCUUUGCUGCAUUCCUUUCACGGCAGCUGUCCUGUUCGGUUAUGACACGAUCGUGAACGGAGCUGCGAUCUCGAUGCCCGCGUUCAUUAUAUACUUUGGAGAGCACAACGCUUCUGGUCUAUACCUUCCAUCACUUUGGACCUCGCUAUGGACAUCUAUGUCGGCAUUGGCGCAGGCCCUCGCAGCUACUGGUACUGGAAUUUUGGCUGACCGCAUCGGUCGGAAGUGGUCAGGCGUUAUUGCAGGAAUUAUUUCCCUAGCAGGUGCAACUGUGCAAUACACUGCUCAUACCAGGAGCGCCCUUCUUGGUGGAAAGAUUGUUUCCGGGUUGGGAAUCGGUAUGGCCAUGGCCGCCGGUACGACAUACGCCUCGGAAAUCGUCUCUCCUCGUCUCGUCUCUCCUGUUCAACAAGCACUUGUCAUCUUUAUCCUCAUCAUGCAGGCCUUGGCUAUGGGUGUUAUUCGAAUCUUCGUUCCAGAUGUCUCGGAACAUGCGUUCCGAACGGUAUUUGCGAUCCAGUGGGGAGUCGGUGGACUUGUUGUCCUUGCCUUUGCUUUGGCACCUGAAUCUCCAGUCUACUCUAUUGUGAACGGCAAGCAAGAAAAUGCGAAGAAACUAUUUGAUUGGAUCUACAGCGAAAGCGCUGAUCGAGAGGAACGCUUCAAUUAUUUGACCAAGACCAUAGAAGAGGAAAACUCACAACAGCAGGCCAACAAAGCGGGAUAUAUGGAGUGCUUCCAAGGCACAAACUUGAAGCGAACUUUUACAAUCAUGUUCCUCUUCGGUAUUGUGAAUCUUGGUGGUGCCCCGUUCCUGUCUCAGUCGAUUUAUUUCCUUAUUUCCGUCGGCCUGCCUGCCAUCCACGUUUUCGAUAUCUCCGUUGGCGGUUUCGGCCUUGCCAUUAUCAUUAUCAUUGCUAGUGGAAUUCUCCUCAAGAAUUUCAGACGCAGCCACAUCCUUUUCUGGGGCACCGUCAUCAAUCUCGUGUUCAACCUGGUGAUUGGAGCUCUGUACUACGGAAAUGGCGAUGGACCCAAGUGGGCUAUCGCGAUUCUCAUGAACCUUUUGAUUUCCCUACAGGCAGCCUUCAUGCAGGCUUCAGGGUGGUCGAUUGCCGCAGAGGUUUCCAGUUACCGACUGCGCGCUAAGUCGAUGUCGCUAGGAAUGAUGUCCCAAACCUUUACCACCUGGAUCAUCACGUUUGUCGUACCAUACAUGUACAAUGUGGACUCCGGCAACUUGGGAGCUCGAACUGGAUUUGUCUUCGCCGGCAGCUCCGUGUUGCUUCUUCUAGGAGUCUACAUGCUGGUUCCUGAUACCACUGGCUUGUCCACCGAAGACCUUGACAACUUCUACGAGGCAAAGGUACCAGUCCGCCAAUUUGCAAGCCACAAGUUGGCAAUGCAGGCGCAGGCUUGA